AGAGGUGUGAGUCUUAGCACAACCUUCUCUCCCUCUCUUUCUCUCAGUAUCUCUCUUUCUCUCCCUCUCUCUGAGCAGUCCACGCAAAUAAUGCAUUCAACUGUUCCUCCUCAAGUCGGAUUCCGCACCAACCGGAUUGCGUGAGUAGCAGAGCACAGCACAGAUCGGACGCACAGGCAACACACAAAUACGCGCGCGAAUCAUUUACGGGACUAGAGGAGGACAGGAAAGGUCUCUCCUGCAGCAUCCUUCCGUUCUGAAAAUGGAUUUGUGGACCAGAAGAAACCACGGAAUGUUUUUGCAUCUCGCAGUCCUUCUCUGUUGCUCUUAUGGGUCUAUUGGAAAAGACAGCUGCGAUAGCCCACUGGUGUCCAAUCUGCCCCAGUCGUCCUUCAGAAGCUCCACCCAGUUAUCCGGCAGCCAUGGGCCCGGCUUUGCUAAAGUCAACAGGAGAGAUGGUGCCGGGGGCUGGGCUCCUGUGGAGUCUAAUCGGUACCAGUGGUUGGAGGUGGAUCUGGGGGAGAGAACAGAGAUCACGGCCGUGGCCACCCAGGGACGCUACGGCAGCUCAGACUGGGUCUCCUCCUUCCUCCUCAUGUUCAGCGACACGGGACGCAACUGGAGGCAGUACCGCCAGGAGGACAGCAUCGGCGUGUUCGCUGGGAACAGCAAUGCAGACAGUGUGGUCCAGUUCAAACUGCAGGAGCCCGUCUUCGCAAGGUUCAUGCGGUUACUCCCUUUAGACUGGAACCCCAACGGAAGGAUAGGCCUCAGGCUGGAGGCCUAUGGAUGCCCUUACAAGUCGGAUGUGGCAAGUUUUGAUGGCAGCGGCUGCUUACUUUACAGUUUCAGCCCCAAACCCACACCAAAUCCAGCUGGCAAAGACAUCCUAUCUCUGAAGUUCAAAACCCAGCUGAACUCUGGGACACUGAUCCACGUAGAGGGAAGACACGACCGCAGCCUCACGCUGGAGCUACACAGAGGAAAGCUCUUACUCCACCUCAGAAAAGGUAAAAGUGCCUCUCCUGUUCCUGAAAGCCACACGGCCGUUUCACUGGGUAGCCUUCUAGAUGACCAGCAUUGGCAUCAUGUAGCCGUGGAGCGGGUGAGCGGCCACGUCAACUUCACCGUGGAUAAACACACCGAGCAGAUACUGGUCCCGGCAGACGUCAGUCCUUCUGAGAUAAACGAGAUUAGCUUCGGUGGCGUCCAUUGCCAUGGAACACCAAGGGUUCUGUCCAGAAGGAACUUCCAUGGGUGCUUUGAGAACCUGCUCUGGAACAAUGUGAAUGUGAUAGAUCUGGCCAAGCAGCAUCAGCAGGUGUCUAUCAUGGGCAAUGUGACAUUUACUUGCGCUGAGCCUGUCUCUGUUCCUGUGACGUUCGCUGGCGCCCAGAGUUUCCUGCGGUUGCCGGGUGCAACGCACCAGCAGAGAGACGUUGGUGGUGAUGGGGUUGCCCUGGGGGCAAUCAGCGUGGACAUCAGCCUGCAGUUCCGGACCUGGAAUAAAGCUGGUCUUCUGUUAACCUUUGACCUUCAACAGCAGGCGGGAAGCCUUUGGCUCUUCCUCAGUGAGGCCAGAGUCAGGGUGCAGAUACACAAGGCUGGCAGGAUCCUUGUGGACAUCGUCACAGGGUUUGGUUUGAAUGAUGGCCAGUGGCAUUCAGUGGACCUGACUGCUCGUCGAGAGCGUCUAACCCUCACUGUGGAUAAAGAUGAAAGCUUGACGGCUCACGCGAGCCCAUCCUUCCCUGUGGCGUCGGGGAACGACCUCUUCUUUGGAGGUUGCCCUGGCAGUGAUAAUAAUCAGGAGUGCAGAAACCCCUUCAACGUGUUUCAAGGCUGCAUGAGACACAUCCAAGUGCAUAGUGAUACUGUAGACCUGGUCAAGGUGCAACAGAUGUUGAUAGGAAACUACAGCGACCUGCAGAUUGACAUAUGUGGAAUCGUGGACAGAUGCUCUCCGAGCCAUUGUGAACACGGGGGAAGAUGUAGCCAGUCUUGGAGUACCUUUCAUUGCAACUGUUCCAGCACAGGCUACAGUGGAGCCACAUGUCACAGCUCCGUCUACGAGCAGUCAUGCGAAGCGUACAAACACAAAGGCAACGCAUCCGGCCUGUACCACAUAGAUGUGGAUGGAAGCGGCCCGAUCAAACCGCAGCUGAUCUACUGCAACAUGACAGACCAAACGUGGCUGGUGAUUCAACACAAUAACACGGAGCUUACGAAAUUAAAGGCGUCCUCUGGGAUAAAUCGGCAUUUAGCCUAUUUUAACUACUCGGCCGAUGCUGAACAGCUCAGGGCCAUAAUUAGCCAGGCAGAGCACUGUGAACAGGAGCUUGUAUACGACUGCAGAAAGUCACGCCUCUUAAACACACCAGAUGGAUCGCCGUUCACCUGGUGGGUGGGUCGUUCAGACGAGCCGCAGACGUACUGGGGAGGGGCCGUUCCGGGGAGCCAGCAGUGUGGCUGCGGUCUUCAGGGGAACUGCAUCGACUCCGAUCACUACUGCAACUGCGACGCCGACCGCAAGGAAUGGGCUACUGACUCAGGCCUUCUCACGCAUAAGGAGAAUCUACCAGUCAGAUGGGUGGUUGUCGGUGAUAUACAGAGACCUGGAUCUGAGGCUGCAUAUCGAGUCAGCCCGCUUAGGUGUCAUGGCGACAAGAACUUCUGGAACGCGGCCUUCUUCAACAAAGAGACGUCGUACCUGCACUUCCCCACGUUUCAUGGAGAACUAAGCGCAGACAUCUCCUUCUUGUUCAAAACCACCGCCCCAUCAGGUGUCUUCCUAGAAAACUUGGGCAUCAAGGACUUCAUACGGGUGGAACUUAGCUCUCCGACCGAGGUGGUCUUCUCGUUUGACGUGGGCAACGGCCCCUUGGAUGUGCGGGUGGAGACGGGCGGCGUGGCUCUAAAUGACGACAGGUGGCAUCGCGUUCGAGCGGAGCGGAACGUGAAGGAGGCUUCCCUGCGUGUGGACUCUUUCCCAGGCGCCACGCAGAAGGCCCCUGCUGACGGUCACAUCCAUCUGCAGCUCAACAGCCAAUUAUUUGUAGGUGGCACGGCCUCCAGAAUGAGAGGCUUUCUCGGCUGUAUCCGCUCGCUACAGUUGAAUGGGAGGACUCUGGACCUGGAGGAAAGGGCUAAGAUUACCCCCGGCGUCAAGUCGGGGUGCCCAGGACACUGCAGCAGCUACGGGGAGCUGUGCCAGAACCAGGGGCGCUGCGUGGAGAGGUACAAUGGCUUCUCCUGCGACUGCGGACUCUCAGCCUAUGCAGGCCCCUUCUGCCAGCGAGAGGUCUCUGCUUCCUUCAAGCUCGGGACAUCGGUCCAGUACACAUUCAAGGAGCCAUACGAGCUGAAUAGAAACACCAGCACCCAGUUCCAGUCCUCCUCCAUAUACUCUGACCUGACGCUACGAGGAGAGAACAUCUCGUUCAGCUUUCGGACCACCCAGAGCCCGGCGCUGCUGCUCUAUGUCAGCUCGUACUACAGAGAGUACCUGGCUGUUCUGCUCAACAGGAACGGUUACCUGGAUAUUAAAUACAAGCUGGAGAACAAUAGAGAUGCUGAGGUGUUCAGGACCAAUGUUAGGAACCUGGCCAAUGGACAACUUCACAGAGUCUCCAUAAGGAGGCUUUUAGAGACUGUCAGCGUUCAGAUUGACCAGCAUGGAAGGGAAGACUUCAAUCUCACAUCUGAUGCAGAAUUUAACGCUAUCAAAUCAGUUGUCCUGGGGAAGGUCCACGAGUCUGGUGACCUGGAUCCAGAGAUCGCCAGGCUUAAUUCCCUGGGUUUCAGCGGCUGUCUGUCGGUGGUCCAGUUUAACUCAGUCGCCCCACUGAAGGCAGCUCUGCUUUACCCCGACACCAGCCCAGUAAUAGUGACUGGACCGCUGGCAGAGUCCACCUGUGGUUCCUCAUUUCCAGUCAAUCCUUAUCCAGCCAAAACUACACACCCGUUAUCAGAUCAUUCUGGUACAGUAGGUACUGGUGAGCCUAUAGUUAAUGCAAUCAAGAGUGAUUCUGCAUUGAUUGGAGGUAUGAUUGCUGUGUUGAUAUUUGUGAUCCUGUCCGCGUUGGCAAUAAUGGCUAGGUUUCUGUAUCGACGGAAAGAGACUUUCCACAGCCAAGAACCAAGGGAUAUUAAACCAGAGGUUGACAGUCCUGAAUAUCCUUUCCACAGUGAACCAACCUCACAGAACGUACUAAGUGAAAACCAAAAGGAGUAUUUCAUAUAGGUCCGUCUGACGACCCCUGGACCUUGUUGAACUAAUCCUGUGAAUUGGAUUGGGGAAGGACAGAAAUGCCUUGCCGAUACCUAAAAAGAGUAAUAACAUUCACCAUUACACAUACAUUCAUUAAAAAGACCCUCAGCAACUGUCAAAACAAGAUGGCUGAUCAAGUGGUUAAGAAGACAAAAAAGGAAUCAAACUAUUCAUACCUGUAUUGUUUUCUUUUGCUUUGCUGGUGUUGUUUUCUUGUAUAUAUAUACUGGUAAUAUGGCACAGACGUGUGAUGAAAUGUGUUUUACAGGAUUGUAAAUAUUCUUAAAAAAAUGUAAAUGUUGGAUUAUUUGAUGUCUUUAUAGCAAUCGCUGUCUAAUAUUCCUCUCUGGUGAUACAAUACUGAAAAUAGUAUAAAAAAAACACUAGAGGGAUUUAUAUGUACCUGUAGUAGGUUUAUGAAGAUCAAAAUAAAUGUUUGGACUCUGGUAAUGAAAGUAUUUUGGUAUUAUAAUAAUUGAUGUUUGAUUCAUGAAGUGUUGAGAUGUCUGAGCCAUUACAAUUCCCUCUAAAGCAGUGGUUUUGAACUGUUUUUGCCUCGGGACCCAAAUUGAAUCAGGUUAUUUCAGUCACCAAUAACAACCUAUAUUUACAGUCAAUGUUGCAAUUACAUAUUACAGAACAACAUUCUCAUCAUUUUCAUUGUUAGUAAUUCCAUAUGGCUCAUAUCCUUUGUGAAAUCACAAGAGCUGCCAAAAAGCACAUAUAAACAUUUCUGUGAUUGAGCAUUUAAUUUCUACCUACUAUUACUUGUUUGAAUUCAGAUAGAUGUAGUUUUUUCCACAAAACAAUUAGUGAGUCACUGCUCUACAGUACACUUUGCAGGCAGUAUACUAUAGUGCAGUGUGAACAUGUUUACAAUAUGUCCCACCACCUUUCUCUAGUAACAGAUUUCAGCGUACACCCUGUCAGGGACCAUUGAACAAACUAAAUGAUAACAAAAAAAACAUCCCACUGACAAAACAUGUAUGACAGUAGCCUUUCCCAAAGUGUUUUCAUCUUUUUAUUUUUUAUUCUGUACUUCAAAAAGUUUCUUGGCAACCAUAACCUGUAAUUUUAUGUGCUUUCUCUGCAUUAUCCUGGACAACAAUAAAAGCAUUGCC